CCAUUUCCCCCCAAAGUCUGGGGGCGGAGCAGAUUGGGUACCAAGGAGGACUGCCUGGAGGUGGUGGCCGCGGUGACCGCUCCAAAUCCGUUCGGCCCUGUGCAGAAAGCUGAAGAACAGAGGUGCCCUCUGACGUGGCCCCAGGUCUACUUUGGGGGAACUAAGAUAAGCACUGUCCAUGAAAGGGGGACAAGGCAGUGAGCAGACACAGACAACUGCAAGGACCUCUUCCCACAGCCCCAGCCAGAUCCAGCGUCAGCGGAGGCCGAACGGCGGACCCCUUGCCCUAGCUGCAUUGGAGCACCGGCGGGUGAAGGCAAGCUCCCUGGACUGGUCAUAUACCUCUUGUGGCCCUGGCAGAAUCAAGAUGAGGCCCUGUCAUGCCUCCCCAGUGAGGCCUACAGUCUGAGCAGACAGCAUGGCCUGCCAUUGGCAGUGAACACCAUGUCUGCAGGAGGUGGCCGGGCCUUUGCUUGGCAGGUGUUCCCCCCUAUGCCCACUUGCCGGGUCUAUGGCACAGUGGCACACCAAGAUGGGCACCUGCUGGUGUUGGGGGGUUGUGGCCGGGCUGGACUGCCCUUGGACACUGCUGAGACACUGGACAUGGCCUCGCACACAUGGCUGGCACUGGCACCCCUGCCCACUGCCCGGGCUGGAGCAGCUGCGGUAGUUCUGGGCAAGCAGGUGCUAGUGGUGGGUGGUGUGGAUGAGGUCCAGAGCCCAGUAGCUGCUGUAGAGGCCUUCCUGAUGGAUGAGGGCCGCUGGGAGCGUCGGGCCACCCUCCCUCAAGCAGCCAUGGGGGUUGCAACUGUGGAGAGAGAUGGUAUGGUGUAUGCUCUGGGGGGAAUGGGCCCUGACACGGCCCCCCAGGCCCAGGUAUGUGUGUAUGAGCCCCGUCGGGACUGCUGGCUUUCGCUACCCUCCAUGCCCACACCCUGCUAUGGGGCCUCCACCUUCCUGCAUGGGAACAAGAUCUAUGUCCUGGGGGGCCGCCAGGGCAAGCUCCCGGUGACUGCUUUUGAAGCCUUUGAUCUGGAGGCCCGUACAUGGACCCGGCAUCCAAGCCUACCCAGCCGUCGGGCCUUUGCUGGCUGCGCCAUGGCUGAAGGCAGCGUCUUUAGCCUGGGUGGCCUGCAGCAGCCUGGGCCCCACAACUUCUACUCUCGCCCACACUUUGUCAACACUGUGGAGAUGUUUGACCUGGAGCAUGGGUCCUGGACCAAACUGCCCCGCAGCCUGCGCAUGAGGGAUAAGAGGGCAGACUUUGUGGUUGGGUCCCUUGGGGGCCACAUUGUGGCCAUUGGGGGCCUUGGAAACCAGCCAUGUCCUUUGGGCUCUGUGGAGAGCUUUAGCCUUGCAAGGAGGCGCUGGGAGGCAUUGCCAGCCAUGCCCACUGCCCGCUGCUCCUGCUCUAGUCUGCAGGCUGGGCCCCGGCUGUUUGUUAUUGGGGGUGUGGCCCAGGGCCCCAGUCAAGCCGUGGAGGCACUGUGUCUGCGUGAUGGGGUCUGAAGGCCUGGUGGGAGCUGUCCACUGGAGCAGCUCAUUGCCAGAGGCAGCUAUUUCUAUGGCUCCUUUUGCUGCUGAGGACACUCACUGUGGCUCUGUGGGAUGAGAGAGGCACAGGGGUGAGCACUUGAGACACUGCCUUGGGGCCUUGGGUUAGGGGAGCCUUUGCCUUUAGUGCAGGACACACAUAUGCUUACACCUACCUUUAUCACCAUUCUUUCAUGAAUCAUGCCUAGCUCCAUCCUUGCCCUGGGACCUACUAGGCCUUCCAUCCAACUGGGAAAUGGGGAGAAGGAAAGCUGGCCUCAUGUUCUUCAGGAUCAGUUCCUAUCUGGAGUUGACCAGGCCCACCCCAGUUGCCAUUCCUGAAAAAUCCCAGAUGCCAGGCUGCCUUUAGGGUCCCUGUAGACCCAGGAGAGUUGAGAGGGUGGGGGACACAGAGAGAAUAGAGAGGAUGUGGGACCUGCCAGAGGGCCAGAGCGCAGGAGUUCAAGCAGAGGAAUGCUGGCUUUGGGCCCUCUACACUGCUGGUUGUAUGACCUUGGACAAGUCACUUCACCUCUCUGUGCCUCAGCAUCCUCAUCUAUAAAUGGGGAUCUCUGAAACCUUCCUACCCUACCUACCUCACAGGGCUGUUGUGAGGACCCAGGGAGUUUGGAUGUGGAAGUAAAAGUGCUGCUAAAACCUA